AUGCCACGGCUGCGCAGCUCUUUUGCAAGGGCUGUGGCUUUGCUUCUAUGUUGGCAGAUUGGACGGCUGGCUCCUAGCUUUGUACCUGAAGUGACACAAGACAACACCCUUGCGCUUGGACGAAGAAGCGCACUAGUGGGAGCCUUGUCGCUGACUCAGCCUGGCAUGGCAUGGGCAAAGAGAGGAGCCUCAGAAGAGGGCGAAAUGGCCACGAAGCAAGCCAUGCCAACAGAAAUAGAAACUGAGGAGCCCAUCAAUGAGGAGUGGAAACCUGUGGACAUUGGUGAAUCGACUCUGGUGGAUCCUGAUGAUCCCAAGUACAAGAACAUGAGGCUGAUGAAUGAGAUAGAGAAGCAAAAACAAAGAAAUGAAGAGUACAACGCCAUGAGUCCAGAGGCUGUGCAGAAAUUCUUUUGGGCCGAGAUGAAGCACCGCCUGGUGAAGAAGACUCGGCACUUGGCGUUAGCCACCCGAACAUUAGUACAGGCUCAUGGGACGACAACCAGUCCAAAGGCCAACUCCUUGGGUACCAAGUUCGACAAGCGAAUUGCUAACAAAAUACAGCGAUAUGAAAGCAAGUUGAGUCAACAAACCAAGAACACGGCCUUAUUGAAAGAGGUGGCAAAGAGACAACUCUUGCAAACUUCUGCACCCCUUCGAGCGCAGCUCAUGGGAAAUUUGAAGAAAGUCAUGAAGGAAAGGAUGUCUGCAGAUCCACAUAUGUGGGACUGUGUCAAGUCCUUGCAAGCCUCUGCGAUAGAUACUUUGUGGGAAGAUUUGGAGAAGGAGAUUGAGCUGAAUGUUGAGCUGGCCUGGUUACACUCACAAGAGGCCCAGACUGAGCCAGAGAGGGUCAGUACCUGGUCGUGUUAUGCCUUUGUGCGGAAAAAGAUUUUGCAUCACUACCUGCCAUAUGACCGUUCCAUUUUCGGCAAGCUUCGAGAUCCAAUUUAUUUGGCUCUCACUAUGACCAUGCUCAUUCCAAAUGCUGGCUUCCGGGUGAGUGUCCUUUCCAUGAUCCUGGCCUUCAUUUUACACCCAGGACCACCGGAUGAGUUCCAACUCAUCAACUUCAUUUUGCUCUGCAAGGGCACUCAGUUCCUGACCGGAGGCUUAGUGAGUAUGGGCCAAGGCGCUGCCAUUUACUUCGGUUGCUUCAACUGGCAUGAGACCGAGUUGAGCGCUUGUGUCGCAGAACGAGGUCCUGGGAGGGUGUCCUCCUUGGCGGGUGAGCUGGCGGACUACCUGGGGAGCAUCAUGCUUGUUUGGGUGGCUUUCUUUUGCUUGACCUUCGCACAGGAACGCCGCCAGCGUGAGAAUGAGCUCAAAAGAGAAGCCUACGACCGGCAGCAGCAAGAAAAGGAUGGAAAUCCCGAUUUGAAUGCGAAGGCAUCGACCAGACUGAAGAUCGAAGUGCGAGGUGGCCGGAUUAGCAGUUUGUUGAAAUAUGAUGUGGCCUGCUUCAUCAUCUCCUUGUUCGUCCUUCUGCUUUUGAAUUCCAAAACUUUGAUGGGGACCAGAGGAGCUUACGAGGUCACUGCCUACCGGCAUUUUCAAGAAGAUAUCUUCUGGUGCAAGGUGUUGUAUUCCUUGUUCUCAUUUCCAUUUCUAAUCUUCACAAUCCAACCAUUGCAGCAAGUGCUAACUCACGCUGCGCCUACAGGUUUCAAUGAAAAUGGUGCAUGCGUGCCUUUCUGCCUGGCAGAACCGGCUGAGCCGGGAGAGCCCUGA